ACUUUACACCUGAGAAACUUUUAGAGUCAUGAGAAGUUCUGCAGCUUCAUGAGUUAAUCUGCUUUUUCAGCUGUUGGUUGUUUGGACUCUGAGGCAGAUCGUAGUUUGGCUGCAGUUCAACUUCCUGUCUGCCUGUGUGUCAUUCUGAGGGUGAAGCGAGGUCGUGCAGCGCGACAUGAACCGCGUUCUGAAAGUUCCAGUUAUGCUCCACCGGGCCUUCAGCAGCUCGGCCCGGCAGCUGAGGAACAAAGUUCCGGAGGCCCAGAAACUCUUCCAGGAGGACAACGGCCUGCCGGUCCACAUUAAAGGAGGAACCAGCGACGUUCUGCUGUACCGAGCGACCAUGACGCUGACCAUCGCAGGAACCUGCUACUCUCUGUACUGGCUGCUGGUGGCGUCGAUGCCUCAGAGGAAGCCCUGAAGGACAGAAGGUGUGGAGCCGACGUUUGCUGUGUCUGAUUGUUCUGUAUCUCAUCACCUUCUGUUGAAUGUUGAUGUUUCUGUAAAAAAUGGUCAAAAUUAAACUUUUUCCUCCAG